AUGAGGCCAAAGAUCUUUCUUUUUGGUGAUUCCAUCACUGAAGAAUCGUUUAGUGAUGGUGGUUGGGGAGCUUCUCUCGCCGAUCUUCUCUGCCGCAAGGCUGAUAUAGUGCUACGAGGAUACAGUGGAUAUAAUACGAGGUGGGCGUUAAAAGUCGUGGAGAGAGUUUUUCCGGCGGCGGCAGAAAACGGCGGAGAACAUCCGGCGGCGGUGACUGUAUUCUUCGGAGCCAACGACGCGUGUUUACCGGAGAGAUGCUCGGGGUUUCAGCACGUGCCACUUCACGAGUAUAAGCAGAAUCUUCGCUCUAUUGUUUCAUUUCUCAAGAAUCGUUGGCCACAAACGGUCAUUAUUCUCAUAGCUCCACCUCCAAUCGACGAAGAGGCUCGCCUCCGGUAUCCUUAUAUCGAAAACACGACGGGCAUUCCAGAAAGAACGAAUGAAGCAGCCGGAUCAUAUGCAAAAGCGUGUGUAGAUGUUGCUAACGAAUGUCAAAUCUCAGCCAUUGAUCUUUGGUCCAGAAUGCAGCAAAUUCCAAAUUGGCAAACGGAAUGUCUAUGGGACGGUUUGCAUUUGAGUCGGAUAGGGAACAAAAUAGUGUUUGAAGAAGUUGCAAAUAAGCUUAAAGAAGAAGGCAUUGGAGCUGAGGAUUUGUUAGUGGAUCUUCCCCUCAUUGAAGACGUUGAUCCGAAGAAACCUCUCGAAGCCUUUGAUGAGUUUUGA